AUGUCCGGCCUUGACAGCCAACGGCUGGGAGCCGUCUUCCACUCCCGGCCAGAUAUUCUGAAAGGGAUUGCAAAGGCAGCUGAUACCCCCGACCGCGUAGCCCUCUUCAACAACAUCGCCAGCUUCGUACACGAGCAAAUUCACGGACCAGAGCCCGCCUCGAAGCGCAGGCGGGUAGACGGGGGCCCAGCAAAUGGCUUCAAGUCCACAAAUGCGAACGGAAAAGCCGCAGCAAGCGCGCCCAAGGCUGCUUCCAGUCCAGGGAACCCCGCAGACGAAGAUGUUCUCCUCGAGAUCAAGGAGAUCUCCGUCUCAGUACCCCAGCGCAAGAAAUACGAGCUCUGCUUCACCGCAAAUUACCUCUACGCGCGCGCUCCAGGCACCACUACGCCCGUGGAGGGCAUCAUCUACGCCUGGGAGGACAUCGAGUACGCCUUCUACCUCCCCGUCCCCGAAAAGACCCAGGUACAACACAACUACGUCCUCUUCCCGAGGGGGACCUGCCUGCCAACGAAAACGGCACCCGAGAAGGAGGCCCUCGUCUUCACCGUCCCCUCGACGCCCCCGAAGCAAGGCACCAUCGCAGGACCUAAAGCCAACGCCGCCGCCGCCGUCUCGGACACCUACCGCACCCUCUUCGACUGGGCCCUGACCACACAUCUCAGCUCCGCAGGCAACAAAGCCGAGAUCGUCGCCGCGGACCCGUCGAAGUUCCACAGCCUCGUCCGCCAGCCGCACCGCCCCAAUGAGAAGGCCGUGCACGUCAAGGCCUUCCGCGGGUCCAAGGACGGAUACCUCUUCUUCCUGCCCAACGGCAUCUUGUACGGGUUCAAGAAGCCGCUGGUCUUCUUGCCCACGGACCGCAUCGUUGCGGUGAGCUACACCAACGUGCUGCAGCGGACGUUCAACAUGGUCGUUGAGGUGUUCGGCGAAGGCGACACGACGGAGGAGAUUGAGUUUGGGAUGCUGGACCAGGAGGACUACGCGGGCAUCGACGAGUCCUACGUGAAGCGUCACGGGCUGCAGGAUCGCAGUAUGGCGGAGCAGAGGAAAGCCAAGAUGGAGCUCACGGAGAAUCUGAAGGCGAAGAAGGGCGAGGAGGCAGAGGCGAAUGGGGAGGCUGGGACGGGCCUGUCCGAGCUGGCGAAGGCGCACCUGGAGGCAGAACAGAAUCUUCAAGAUGACGAGGACGAGGAUGAAGAGGAUUACGACCCUGGCAGCGAGGGGGAGAGCGAAGGGUCUGGGUCCGAUAGUGACGAUGACGACGACGAUGAUGAUGAGGGCGAUGACGACGAUGAGGAGAUGGAUGAUGGUGAGGGCGAGGAGUAA